AUGUACGAUACAGAUAAUCUGCGUGACGAGGAUCUGUGGAAUCAUGAAGCAUGGCAACCCACAUAUGGCGGGUAUAGUAAUGACGGUAACGGGGGUUACUUGACAGAUCAUAUGAACUCCGGUUUGCUGUCAAGUGGUAAUGAGGGUUCUGGGAUCAGGUAUACAGGGUUCAUGCCAGAUGAGGAUCCUUAUAGUGCAUAUGGUAUAGAUCCUGAUUUAGUUGAUUUCUUACCUCCCAGCGCCGUUCCAGCGUUUUUGAGUGAGCAGGGACAAGUGAACCCCAUUUCAGUUAUUACUGACACCUUUGGUACACAACAGACCAGCGGAGGAGGAAACCCUGUGUCUAGUGUGGGACAGCACACUACAAGGUAUGGUAUAUGGGGAGGCGGCAUUUCAGGUGACUCUACUGGAGCUAGUGAACUGAGCAGUACAGCUAUGGACACCGACCUAGGAAGUGCCACCAAGAGGAAAACCAGCACAGAUACCGAACCUAAAAAUUUCACUGCAGGUAAUCUCGGAGAUGCUGUUGGCGUUACUUACAUUGAUAGUGGCAACCUAACAGGGGACCAGGGCACUGGGGUCGAGAUACUCGGAGCCAGUAAAACUCAAACGGGACCAACAGGGAUUGAGCACAGCAGCGGUUCUAGUGACACUAGGGAAGAAGGUUUUGGAUUUGGUCUCGGAGAAGUUACUGGUAGUAGUGUGACGAACAAUAACGCUGGAGCUAACAAACUUGUCGACAGCAUUGGAACUGGUAAUAUAGGAGAAGAGGCGUUUGGUAGCAGUAUGCUAGGCGGUGGUCUAGGACAAUAUGACUCUAGUGGAGUAGGCAGUAUCCUACAAACUGGAAGUGCACAGAGCGGAUCUGAAACUGGAAGGCCAAUUGUGGGAGAGUGGUCUGGAGGUAGCGCACUGGAAGAAAGUAACAUAGGCACUGGAGUGCCUAACAUUGGGGAGAGUGAAGCAGCAUCUGCUGAUGUUGUCACAGAAGGUGCAAAACAUAAAGAGUCUGGAAGUAGUAUGACUCAAAGCAGUGGAAAAAAAGACAGUGAAGCUGGGAAAAACAGUGUCAUAGCUACUACUACUGUUGUUCCGCCACCUGGAAUCGUGGAGAGCACAGGGAAUUUGGGUAACUUAUACAUAAAAAAUAGUAGUGUUGGAGAUGGCAGUUUGGGAGAGAGCAACCUUGGAAGUAGCGUCAUUCAAGAGGGAGAUUCUGGCCCAUUUAAUGGCAGCAUUAAAGCUUCUGGUGCACAUGUUACUUCUCACGGAAAUGCAGAUAAUAUCGGCGCUGCAGACGGAAGCAACGGUAGUAUUGCUGGAAACGCCAGUGGAAGCCACAUCAGCGGUGGCACUGGAGAGAGCAGCAAGGCGGGUAUCGCAGGCGUUGGAGCCUCUGGAGGAAACGGAAGGGACAGGGCCGGUGCGAUCUUAGGAAAUGCGGGCAGUAUCAUGGGGAAUGGCAGUGCCAGCGGAAGCAGUGUCGCCAGUGGCACAGAUACGAAUAACACGAACAUCGCGGAACUUAUUCAACCAUUACUGAUUAAGUUUCCGGAUUCCACAGUAGCGGUGGCUGAAGCUUUUGCUGGUCUCGGACCAGACGGCAAGGUGCAAGCAUCUUCUUCCGCAAAAGUUUUCGACUCGAGUUCCAAAACGCAAGUGUGA